GUCUGCGCCCAACGCCGUCGUCGUCUCCGCCGCGGGCGGCGCCGGGCGGCCCGGCCUGGGCAGAGGUCGGAACAGUAGCAAAGGACUGCCUCCGUCUACGAUUUCUUUUGAUGGAAUCUAUGGAAAUAUGAGGAUGGUUCAUGUACUUACAUCAGUUGUUGGAUCCAAAUGUGAACUACAAGUGAAAAAUGGAGGUAUAUAUGAAGGAGUUUUUAAAACAUACAGCCCUAAGUGUGAUUUGGUACUUGAUGCUGCACAUGAAAAAAGUACCGAAUCCAAUUCAGGGCCAAAACGUGAAGAAAUAAUAGAGAGCAUUUUAUUCAAGUGCUCUGACUUUGUUAUGGUACAGUUUAAGGAUAUGGACUCCAAUUAUGCAAGAAGAGAUGCUUUUACUGACUGUGCUCUCAGUGCUAAAGUGAAUGGCGAGCACAGAGAGAAGGCCCUGGAGCCCUGGGAUGCGGGUGAACUCACGGCCACUGAGGAGCUGGAGGCUUUGGAGAACGAUGUAUCUAAUGGCUGGGACCCCAAUGAUAUGUUUCGAUAUAAUGAAGAAAAUUAUGGAGUAGUAUCUACAUAUGAUAGCAGUUUAUCUUCUUAUACGGUGCCCCUAGAAAGGGAUAACUCUGAAGAAUUCUUAAAACGAGAAGCAAGGGCAAAUCAGUUAGCAGAAGAAAUUGAAUCAAGUGCCCAGUACAAAGCCCGCGUGGCCCUGGAAAAUGACGAUAGGACUGAAGAAGAAAAAUACACAGCAGUUCAAAGAAAUUCCAGUGACCGUGAGGGCCACAGCAUAAACACUAGGGAAAAUAAAUAUAUUCCUCCUGGACAAAGAAAUAGAGAAGUAAUUUCCUGGGGCAGUGGGAGGCAAAGUUCACCGCGUAUGGGCCAGCCUGGAUCGGGCUCCAUGCCAUCAAGACCCACGUCUCACUCUUCAGAUUUCAACCCGAAUUCGGCUUCAGACCAAAGAGUAGUUAAUGGAGGUGUUCCCUGGCCAUCGCCUUGCCCAUCUCCUUCCUCUCGCCCACCUUCUCGCUACCAGUCAGGUCCCAACUCUCUUCCACCUCGGGCAGCCACCCCUACACGGCCGCCCUCCAGGCCCCCCUCGCGGCCAUCCAGACCCCCGUCUCACCCCUCUGCUCAUGGUUCUCCAGCUCCUGUCUCUACUAUGCCUAAACGCAUGUCUUCAGAAGGGCCUCCUAGGAUGUCCCCAAAGGCCCAGCGCCAUCCUCGAAACCACAGAGUUUCUGCUGGGAGGGGUUCCGUUUCCAGCGGCCUAGAGUUUGUAGCUCAUGCACCACCGAGUGAAGCAACUGCUCCUCCAGCAAGGACCAGUCCUGUGGGAGGCACUUGGUCAUCAGUGGUCAGUGGGGUUCCACGAUUGUCCCCUAAAACUCACCGACCCAGGUCACCCAAACAGAACAGUAUUGGGAAUUCCCCCAGUGGACCUCUUCUUGGUUCUCCCCAAGCUGGUGUUAUUCCAGCUGAAGCUGUUGUUAUGCCUGUACCAGCUGCAUCUCCCACACCUGCCAGUCCUGCAUCCAACAGAGCUGUUACCCCUUCUAUUGAGGCUAAAGAUUCCAGGCUCCAUGAUCAGAGACAG